UUCCGUCUGAUCGUUCAGUGGAAUUCUCAUGGAUAUGACAUCGCUAAGGUGUUUGGUCCGAAGCUGACGUCGGUGUCUCCGGUGUGGCUUCAGCUCAGACGGAGGGGACCAGAGAGCUUCCACGUCACCGGUCUUCAUGACCAUGAUCCCGGUUGGGUCAAAGCUGUGAGGAAGGCCAAUAAAAAAAACAAAAUACUUCCUCGGCUGUUGUUUGAUGGAUGGUCCUAUCAGGACUACAUGAGUGUUCUGGACAGCGAGGAUGAGAUGGAGGAGCUGGGUCGAGAGGCGCUGGAAGUGGCAAAGGCUGAAGGGUUUGAUGGUUACACACUGGAGUUAUGGAGUCAGCUUGGAGGAAAUAAGAGAAAAGAACUGGUGCACCUGGUCACACACCUGUGUGAGACUCUGAAGGCUGGGAAGUUAACCUGCGUGCUGGUCAUCCCUCCUUCAGUUGCACCGGGCUCUGGUCAGCCUGGCAUGUUUGGACCGGAGGAUUUUGAGAAACUGGCUCCAGUGGUGGACGCGUUCAGUCUGAUGACGUAUGAUUACUCUGGACCGGGCAGGUCAGACACACACACACACACACACACAAUUUCUUGUUUCAGAAGUAAUGGAUUGAGGCAUGUUGUUUACUACCCCACUUUAAAGUUUCUCCAGCUUCAUAUCGCCUUGGCAGCUGAACUGGGAACAGGAAUUUCCUUGUGGGAACUGGGACAAGGCCUGGACUAUUUCUACGAUCUUUUGUGACCCGUUCGACUGUGACCUGACCUCCGUCUGUCUGAUUUGCUUCCAAAUAAUAAAGUGCAAUUUAAUAAAGCACUUCAGAUAUUUAUGACAACACUGUUGUUGAGCAUGCCAAUAAAAUUAUUUUUAAUUAC